AUGGCUCAGAUCUUGCUCCACGGCACGCUCCACGCCACCAUCUUCGAGGCCGAGUCGCUCUCCAACCCGCACCGCGCCAGCGGCGGCGCCCCCAAGUUCAUCCGCAAGCUUGUGGAAGGGAUUGAGGAUACCGUGGGUGUCGGCAAGGGCAGCACCAAGAUAUAUGCCACCAUUGAUCUGGAGAAGGCCCGCGUCGGGCGUACACGUAUGAUCUCCAACGAGCCCAUCAAUCCUCGUUGGUACGAGUCCUUCCACAUCUACUGCGCGCACAUGGCUGCCGACGUCAUCUUCACCGUCAAGAUCGACAACCCCAUUGGGGCGUCGCUCAUCGGGAGGGCGUACUUGCCUGUCACGGACCUCCUGGACGGAGAGGAGAUCGACAAGUGGCUUGAAAUCUGUGAUGAGAACCGCAAGCCUAUUGGAGACAGCAAGAUCCAUGUGAAGCUUCAGUACUUUGAUGUUUUCAAGGACCGCAAUUGGGCGAGGGGUGUCCGGAGCACCAAGUACCCUGGUGUUCCUUACACCUUCUUCUCGCAGAGACAGGGUUGUAAGGUUACCCUGUACCAGGACGCUCAUGUCCCGGACAACUUCGUUCCCAGGAUCCCGCUUGCUGAUGGCAAGAACUAUGAGCCACACAGGUGCUGGGAGGAUAUCUUUGAUGCCAUAAGCAAGGCCCAGCAUUUGAUUUACAUCACUGGCUGGUCCGUGUACACCGAGAUCACCUUGGUUAGGGACACCAACAGGCCGAAACCUGGUGGUGAUGUUACUCUUGGGGAGUUGCUCAAGAGGAAGGCCAGUGAAGGUGUCCGGGUCCUUAUGCUAGUGUGGGAUGAUAGGACUUCAGUCGGCCUGCUUAAGAAGGAUGGCUUGAUGGCUACCCAUGAUGAGGAGACUGCAAAUUACUUCCAUGGCACGGACGUCAACUGUGUUCUGUGCCCUCGCAACCCUGAUGAUUCUGGCAGCUUUGUUCAGGAUCUGCAGAUAUCAACUAUGUUCACACACCAUCAGAAGAUAGUAGUGGUUGACCAUGAGCUGCCAAACCAGGGCUCCCAGCAAAGGAGGAUAGUCAGCUUCAUUGGUGGCAUUGACCUUUGUGAUGGAAGAUAUGAUACCCAGUACCACUCCUUGUUUAGGACACUUGACACCGUCCAUCAUGAUGACUUCCACCAGCCAAACUUUGAGGGUGGAUCAAUCAAGAAAGGUGGUCCAAGAGAGCCAUGGCAUGAUAUUCAUUCACGGCUGGAAGGGCCAAUUGCUUGGGAUGUUCUUUACAACUUUGAGCAGAGAUGGAGGAAGCAGGGUGGUAAGGACCUCCUUGUACGUCUCAGGGAUCUUUCUGACAUUAUUAUUCCCCCUUCUCCUGUGAUGUUCCCGGAGGACAAAGAAACAUGGAAUGUUCAGCUCUUCAGAUCCAUUGAUGGUGGUGCUGCUUUUGGCUUCCCUGAGACUCCUGAGGAAGCUGCAAGAGCUGGGCUUGUGAGUGGAAAGGAUCAAAUCAUCGACCGGAGUAUCCAGGAUGCAUACAUAAAUGCCAUCCGGAGGGCGAAGAAUUUCAUCUACAUUGAGAAUCAGUACUUCCUUGGAAGUUCAUAUGGCUGGAAGCCCGAAGGCAUCAAGCCAGAAGAAAUUGGUGCUCUUCACUUGAUUCCGAAGGAGCUCUCAUUGAAGAUUGUCAGCAAGAUUGAAGCUGGGGAACGGUUUACUGUUUAUGUUGUGGUGCCAAUGUGGCCUGAGGGUGUUCCAGAAAGUGCUUCUGUUCAGGCAAUCCUUGACUGGCAAAGGAGAACAAUGGAGAUGAUGUACACUGACAUCACACAAGCUCUCCAAGCCAAGGGAAUCGAAGCAAACCCCAAGGAAUAUCUGACUUUCUUCUGCUUAGGUAACCGCGAGGUGAAGCAGGAGGGAGAAUAUGAACCCGAGGAACACCCAGAACCUGACACUGAUUACAUCCGGGCUCAAGAGGCUAGGAGGUUUAUGAUCUAUGUUCAUACCAAAAUGAUGAUAGUGGAUGACGAGUACAUCAUCAUUGGGUCUGCCAACAUCAACCAGAGGUCCAUGGACGGUGCCAGGGACUCUGAAAUCGCCAUGGGCGCGUACCAGCCAUACCACCUGGCGACCAGGCAGCCUGCCCGUGGCCAGAUCCACGGCUUUCGGAUGUCUCUGUGGUACGAGCACCUGGGAAUGCUGGAUGAUGUCUUCCAGCGCCCCGAGAGCGUGGAGUGUGUGCAGAAGGUGAAUAGGAUUGCCGAGAAGUAUUGGGAUCUGUACUCGAGCGAUGACCUGGAGCAGGAUCUCCCAGGCCACCUCCUCAGCUACCCGAUCGGUGUCACUGGUGACGGCACUGUUACUGAGCUGCCAGGGAUGGAGAACUUCCCUGACACCCGUGCCCGCGUCCUCGGCAACAAGUCGGAUUACCUCCCGCCCAUCCUCACCACAUAG